AUGUCGCAAAUGAAUGCAGUCCGUUUCUACGGCCAGCGCGACAUCCGUCUCGACCAGAUUCCCGUCCCUUCCGUCAAGCCCGGCCAGGUCAAGAUCGCCCCAAAGUUCUGCGGCAUCUGCGGCUCUGAUCUGCACGAGUAUCUCGGCGGCGCGAACCUGAUCCCUCAGGAAGGCCACCCGCACCCCAUCACGGGCGAAACCCUGCCCCUGACGCUGGGCCACGAAUUCAGCGGCGUGGUGGAGGAGGUGGGCGAGGGCGUCAAGAAUGUCAAGCCUGGUGACCGCGUCUGCGUGCAACCCACCAUCUACGACGGCAGCUGUCGCGCCUGCAAACGAGGACUGGUGAAUUGCUGCGACAAGAACGGCUUCGUGGGGCUGAGUGGGUGGGGUGGCGGACUGUGCGAACACAUGGUCGUGCCUGAGAGUUGUGUCAAGCCGUUGCCGGACAAUAUACCCUUGGAAGUCGGCGCCUUGAUCGAGCCGCUGGCGGUGGGUUGGCACGCGGUCGACAUAUCCCCUUACAAGGACGGCGAUGCGGCUCUCGUGCUUGGUGGAGGCCCCAUCGGUCUCGCGGUCGUGCAGGCCCUGGUGGGUAGAGGGUGCAAAAACAUCAUCGUCAGCGAAGUCAGCGGCCGGAGGAGAGAAUUUGCGAAGCAGUUUGGCGCACACCACGUCAUUGAUCCGGUCAAAGUGGACGUCGUCGAAGAAGUUGAGAAGUUGACGAACGGCGAGGGCGCUGAUGUCGGAUUCGACGCCGCCGGCGUGCAGGUCGCGGUGGAUACGGCAUUCAAAGCCAUCAAGGCGAGAGGGACGUUGGUCAAUAUCGCCGUGUGGGAGAAGAGGGCGACGCUGCAGAUGAAUGAUAUCGUGUUCAGGGAGAGGGGGUACAUGGGAGUAGCAACAUACUCCCUCGGCGACUUUGAAGCCGUCAUCAAAGCCAUUUCAACCGGCGCCAUGAAACCCGCCGGCAUGAUCACCAAGACGAUCAAGCUCGACCAGGUCGCCGAGGAAGGAUUCAAGACGCUGAUCGAGGACAAGGAGAACCACGUCAAGAUCCUUGUCGAUGUCGGCGCGGGUAUAUAG